UAGGCGCCUGAUGGAGAACCCCUAAAACAUCGUUUUAUCAAGGAUUUUACAAACAGUGAAUUAAGAAGAGCUUUUAUAUGUGAUGAUUGUAACAAACACGUUUACAUAACAAUAAUGUGAAACAAAUAAUUGUUUAUAUAAUUAUAGGUAUUCUACAUAAACUAUCAGUUACGGAUACGGCUCAUCAAUCCUCGGCUAUAGUUACAGAUUUAACUAGCAAAGUUAUGGACUCUAAUGGUGGUGAUCUCCAACUUGGCGGGAUCGAGUUACAAAUACCAUGCGGUGCAAUUGCGAAAGACAUUCAGGUUGACAUAUCACUUGAACAACUUGCAGUAGAUGCAAGUGAUAUACCUUUUUCUAAUCACAUGGAAUCAAGAAUUUCACCCAUAGUUUACUGUAGACCACCAGGUACUAUCUUUAACAAACAUUGUUCCCUUUCAUUUCCACACAAUGCAGUCCACGAAGACUUUUGGGAAUUCACUCUACUAAUGAGGGAAAACUUCCUCGACAAUUGGAAAAAAAUAGAAGGGGAUGACAAGAAUACUACUUUUACUGUACGAAAUGGACGAUGUUAUAUACAGACAAAUCAUUUCACUCAAUGGUUUUUACUUGGAAAACUUGUAGAAUUAUGUAGUGGUAGAAAAAAGUUGACUUUGGGAUUGUUUGGAAAGAUGCUUAAAGAACACUAUUUCCGACUUCGAGUAAGGAUUUGGAGUGACCAUGAUUACAAGUUGGUAGAAGAAGAAGAAAUGAAAGAAGAUGAAAAAGCUUUGGACAUCUUUAAGCCAAUUAAUGCAAAGUUUCUUGACAUAGAAAUCAGCAUAGGUGACUUGCUCAAUGGUUGGGAAGUACAUGAUCAAAGAAAUGUGACACUAGCAGAUCGACAAAUAUGGACUUCACGUCCGUCACAUGGAUUUCUUUUAAAGUUGAAUGAUGCAUCGAUGAACAUUUUAGUGGCAACAGUAUCGUGUAAACAGGGAUUAGAAGAUCAUAAAUUUAAUGUGCAUACAGUUAUUCAACAUAUAUCCUCGACUACGGAUGCACCUCAUCCAUCCUCGGCUAUCGGAACGUCUCAUGUACAACGUCCACACUUGGGAACAACUCCUAGGACUUCAUUAUCAGGUUGGUCGAAAUACAUAUACUGUACAUAAUACCUAAAAGUAUAUCAAGAUUUUCCUCUCAAUUUUCAGAAUAAAAUGUAUAUGAAGCAGGUGGACCUCGUUGACUUUCUGUUUUAUAAUUGAGACAACAAUAUGCAUAUAUAAGUUGUCUCAGUUUAUAUGCAGACGCAUUAACCAACUUUCCUCUAUAAAACUACUAUAGAGGGUUUUGUAGAAAUUCAAAUACGAUUGGAGGCAAAUAUUUUGUAUGUGUGUAACAGCACUAAUUAACGCUUUAUGUAACAAAAAUCAAUAAUAAAGCCUCAUCCUAAGAAUUUUAAAUUAAAAUGGAUUUCCAAAGAGAUGCUUUAAUUACAACAGAUGUAAAGGAAAUUAGAAUACAAGUGGAAUACAGUAAAUGCAAUGAAUAAAAGGAAUCGUCAUAUAGUACUCCACUUGAUUUUUCUUGGUUCAAAUAAUUGUUCAGUUUA